AUGGAGGAAAUGGAUUCGGAUUCUGUGAAGGAGUUCAUACGAAGGGAAGCUCCGGAUUGGGACGACGAGGUGGUGGCGAAGGCCAGAUUCAAGGCGUUUAGUGGGCAGAGAUCCGAUUGGGAACCCAGAUUUCAGUUUUGGCGCGAUUUGAUCCUCAAGGUUUCGCGUGAGUUUGGAGUAUUCAUCAUUGAUCCCGUUCAGGUGAAGAAGGCGUGGUUUGAUCGAGGAGGGAUGACGCCUUUGUGCAUUGAUCAUGUACUGUUAUUGAUGCAUAACGAAGGCGAUGUUGUGCGGAUUAGCGAACUCGAAGAUCCGGAAUUUAGUGGGCGUAUAUCUCGUUUAUUGAGGUCUGUGAUGAAUUUAGUAGCUCAACCUUCAGUGAAGCCGGAAGAUAUUCUCGAAAGCAAACUCGUAAUCGUCCCACUCUUGAAGGAGAAAGCGGCUGAUGUCGUGAAACUUUUAUCUGAGGGACACUGGACUUCUACUUGUGUUGUCACUCUGAACAAGUUCCGGAACUUGUGCAACGGCUCGAAUGAGGCAUCUGCUGUUUUAAGUCACUUGUCACGGUGUGGAAAAGCGCGUAAAAUCUCUAUCAAUCGGGGUGAACUGAUUGAGGGUGUUAAAGUGUCCUUAUCAGAAGCAGCGCUUCCCAGUAUCUCAACUUUAGACUGUGAUAUUCUGCACUUGCUGAGGACUACAGAGAAGCUUCAAGAUCGACUUGAAGUGAUGGACCACCGUUGUGAAAUGUCAAGGAAGUCAGCGUUGGCAGCUCUCAAGUGUGGACACAAGAAAGUUGCUCUAAGGCAUGCAAGGGAAUUGAAGCUGACGACCGAGAGCAGAGAAAAAUGCACGUCACUUCUGAACAGAGUAGACGAAGUGUUGAACACUAUCGCGGACUCCGAAUCAACGCAAAUGGUCACAGAAGCCAUCAAAACUGGAGCUAGGGUUAUGCAGGACAUCAAGAUCAGUGCAGAUGAAGUUCAUGACUAUUUGGAAGAAAUUGAGGAAACUAUUCAAUCACAAAAGGAAGUCGAAAAAGCUCUUGAAUCAGAUCCAUAUCCAGAUAUGGAUGAUGAAAAUAUCGAAGAAGAACUCAUGAGAUUAGAGAUGGAGCUUGAAAGCGAAAGUUCCCAGGUCAGACCAGCGACUUCAGAUACUGCAGAUGCACUGACUGAGAUGUUCGCAGAGCUUAAAGUCGGCAAUACAAAACAAACAUUGGAGGAGCAAGCUGCUGAACCAGUUCGGAUGAAAGAUAAAGGAAAGAAGAUUCUUGAAGCAGCAUAG